UAAAACAAAACUGAUACAAAAAAAAAAUAACUAACUUUUAAAGAUAAAUUGGCGAUUUUUUUUGGAUAAGCGAAUUAUUUUGAAAAAUAAACUAUCUCGAUUACAGAGUGGCAAAAAUAGCAAAUGUUAGGGUAUGUGAUAUGGUUAAGUUGGUAAGUAUAUUUAGUUAUUUCCACCAUUAUGUUGGCUUGGUAUUAAAAUGCAAGUUUUUGUAUAGUUGCUCCCGAAAUAAUAACAAAACCAAGGUUUUAUCGGAAAAGAAGCAUCGUUAAACAGUUUCAAGUGCAACACGUUGACAGGGCUAAAAAGUUUACCGCGCAAAAUUUUAGCAUCGCAAUAAAAGUGUUGAAUUUGAAAUUUAACCAAACAACUAAAAAGCCGGGAUUUUCAAUACCAAGUCAGUUAUUUUUAAUAUUUUACUGUUUAUCGUGUACAGAACAACAGUUACCUUAUACAACUGGAAUGAUGAUGUGAAAAUCAUUUUAAAUUUAGCAAGCUAUAUUCCUCCGUAAAACAAGCUGAUAUGGAUCUAAAGAACAAUAUAAAGUGGAGGAGAUAAUGAGGGCCCCAUAGGUUUGUUUGAAAUUUCGAUAGAAUGGAUGUCGAUAGUACCGACACUCCAACAGAAAAUGCGGAUGUACUUCCAACCCAAAAUGCUUUAACAGAUUCAAGUGAGCGAAUGGUAAUAGACUCUGUCAAAAAUAAUAGUGAAAAGCUUGAGACAGUAGAAGAUGGUGUCCCUUCAAAUGCGGUUUGUUUAAAUGCUGUAAAUUCCACCAGUGCGGGCAGUUUGGAGAAUGAAAAUGAAAUUAGGCAUGAGGAAACACGCACUUCAGAUGUCGAUCAAAGUCUUAGGGUAAAUCAGGAGCCAGUACCAAAUGUUAUUGCAGAAACUCACUUAGAAAGUAAUUUAAAUGUUAUAGAAAACCAGAAUAAUGAAAAUCUUGAGAGAGAUAGUGAACUUAUAGGAGGUAGUGAUGAGGCCAAUAUACCUAUUAUUAAUGAGGCAAAUAUAUGUCAUGGUGAAGAUAGAAAUUGCGAAGACAAAAGUCGUAAUGAUUUGGAAGAAAUAAGUCAUAAGACAUCUGAAAAAAGUCAACUGGAUGAAUUAGAAACAGAUGUUAUAGAAUCAGAGGCAUCAGGAUCACCCAAUCACAACAACAAAUCAGACACAGAAUAUACUGUUAGUGAAAAUGUUAAGAGUCCUGAAAAUGUUAAAACUGGGAGCACAGAUGUGGAAACUCAGAGCACAAUGCUAUCACAAGAACUUGAUGAGACCAGUAGUCCAGGUAAAACCCAAGAACCUAUUGAUAUUCAAUCAUCGUCGGAAAAAGAUAAUGAAGAAAAUGAUUCAUCUUUCCUGAUAGAAGAACAGUCUGAUCCAAUAGAGCUUCCAAAUGUGGAUUACAAUAUUGAAUCACAACCGAGACGCUCUGCGAAGGAAACUUGUGAGAAUCUGAAAAAACCAUCUAGUGAUUCAGAUAAAGAAAUUGAUGGUCGGCAACCUCCUGGAGAACCUCCUCCAAUUGAGGAUGUUGUUCUCAGUAAGGAUGGAACUUCAGAGACCAUGGAGAUUGGUUAUUCAAGAAUUGAAAAAGAGGGGACCUCGGCCUUGGGAGAAGUGGAUACUGGAAGUUAUGCAGCUUCAGAUAUAUCUGAAACUGUCUUAUCAACAUAUGAGAAGAGCCAAGAACACUCAAAAGACUCCGAUAGUGAUGAGGAUAAAGCCGAUUCAAAUAAAUCUCGUAGUGAAACAGAGAGCCCUACAAAAUGUACAGAUAUCAAUGAAAAAAGUAUUGAGUUUGCACAUGUGAAUUUUGAUUCUGCUGACCAUGAAAAAGACACUGAAUCUGACAAGGAUACAAUCGGUAAUAAGGAAACUGAUUUAGAUCCGAUUGGUUCGGAUUCUGUAGACCCGGCUGAUGAACAAGAGGGCGCAAAUGAAGAACUAACCAUUAUUCCUGAUACUGAAAGGGAAUUCACACAAGCAGAGAAAGAUGCCGCUUGUUCAAUUCCACCUUUAAAGGAUAUUUCAGAUACUACAAGUGAAUCAUCAAUACAAGAACCAGAUUCUAGCUAUGAAUUAAAGGUUUACAAAUAUGACAAAGAAGAAUUUCAGAAUUGCAAUGAAUGCAAAAUGAAAAGAAAAGUCAAGUACCAUUAUAAAAGUGACGAUGAAGUUUUAUAUAUUUGUGAUAAUUCUUGUUUAAGUGUUUUUAAAGAAUGUUCUUCAAAAAAAAUUGAUGUAAUUACUGACGAAGGUGGCAUAAGAGUUAAAAAUUUUAUCGACUCAUCCGCAAAGGAACCUCCGUCUUUAUCGUUUAUCAGAAAGUGUGCUACAUGUAAAAAAGUUACAGAUGACAUAGAAAAAAAUCUCACCUGGGAAAUAAUGGAUUUUUGUAAUGAGUUUUGCUUAUCCAAAUAUCAAAAGAUGAUUGGGUCGAAUUGCGCUAGCUGUUCCGGAACAGUCAAAGCGACAUCGCUUGGUAAAUAUUGCGUACGUUUUGGGAAUGACAUUAGACAGUUUUGCACCAGCACAUGCCUUGAACAAUACAAAAAAGGACUUAAAGUUUGUUCCUACUGCCAACAAGACAUGUCCAGUGGCCCAGAUGGUUUUUUAGCGCCCGUAGGUGAGAAAGGACAGUUCAAAGAUUUUUGUUCGAAAACGUGUAUGGAAAAGUAUGAUAUAAUGACCAACGAUCGCCCACCAAAAGUCGACCCAGGAACUAUUUGUUCCGUUUGCAAAACAGAAAAGGUUAUUACUAUAGAAUUUGAACAAGACGAUGUUAAAAAUUAUUUCUGCGGGGAACCAUGCUUUGUGGCAUUUAAUUUUGUCAAUAAAAUAUCCCCAGGAAAAUGUGCCAUGUGUCGACGUUACUUUCACAAAUCGAUACUGGAACAGCACACAAUGUACUAUGAUAAUGUGCAAUAUAGUUUUUGUUCUAACAGUUGCGAAAACAUUUACAUAAUUGCACAUCGGAAGAUAGUACCAUGCAGCUGGUGUAAAGUGAAAAAAUAUAAUUUUGACAUGAUUAAAAAAUAUUCCAGCAAUUCCUCUGUUAUUAAUAUGUGCAGCAUAAACUGCUUGAGUUUAUACAAAGUCUCAUUGAGUGCUGUCAGUACGAAACCGAUUACAUGUAAUUUUUGUCAAAAAAAUGCCCAUCCGGCUUACCACUUAACAAUGUCCGACGCUACUGUACGCAAUUUUUGUUCAUACAGUUGCGUUAUGAGCUUCCAAAAUCAAUUUAUGAAGCAACCUGUUUCCAUGAACAAUGUCACCGAUGCGGAGGUGCCGGUGCCAGCGGGCGCUCCACAGAAAAACAAGAAAUCUCCCACAGAAAAUGCAGCUAGUGGUGAUGAACCUCCACUACCAGUAAUAUCGAGUGUACAGAGCCUUGCUAGUGCUAAUGGCACUGGUAAUAAUUUACCUCCGGGAUUAACCCCUAUUGGUUCUACUAGGAUUACUCGUUCCAAAGCUACUCCGUUAGUUCAACAGAGCGUUCAAACGUCACCAACAGCGCCAGUUCCUGUACAGAAUCUGUCCGAAAUCCCAAUUCAGGUUCAAGUGAAACAGCAUUUUAUUGUGCGGCCGCCUCCUUGUCCAGAACAAAGAAACGUGGGGACAAUGGUUUCCAUUAAGAAAACCGCAAGGGCAGUACAAUCAAACCCUGUCAUGGUUGAUGCAGGGAUACAAACGGAUAGAGAAGAAAUAUCCAAAAUAGUUAUUCCAAUUCCAGUCCCCAUAUAUGUUCCAGCUCCUUGCCAUAUGUACUCCACACCUGUACCUAUACCAGUGCCAUUCCCGCUACCUAUCCCUAUACCCAUAUUUAUUCCCACCACAAGAAAUUCAGCUGCGGGAAUCAUGAAAGAAAUUAAGAAAAUCCAAGUUAAAAUCCCGACGGACCCCUACGAGGCUGAAUUGCUGAUGAUGGCCGAAAUGGUGGCCGAAGAAAAGAAGGAAGACAAUACAGACUCUGAAAGUGACUUAGAAGAUAACACAGCCGAUGGAGCUGACUACAGUCCUGAACCGGUCGAUGCUAGCAAUACGUUUGGCGAUGACAUGCUUCAAAUGGCACUAAAAAUGGCUACGGAGCUCGACGAACCCGCUGUCGAUUUAGAAGGGGCAUUGACGGCAAAUACCAUAACUGCUCCGCAAGGCGCGCACCAAGAUGGUACCGAAGAAAACGUCGACGACCCACAACCGAUGCAUCAUCAUUUAAUGGAAAGGUCUCCUCUGCGCGGCAGAAAAAGGGGGAUCAGAGGAAACCCGAGAGGUCAGUCGAAGCGCGGCAGAAGGAUGUCGCAUCAUCAAGUGGAUAUUCCGAUGAUGCAGCAGGUGCAACAACCUCCACCGCCGCCGGAGCCACAAGAGAAGCCCGACGCAAACAUGUGCUUAAAGUACACGUUCGGCGUCAACGCGUGGAAGCAAUGGGUUACUACGAAGAACGCGGAACUAGAGAAGUCCUCGCGACGCAUGAAAUUGUUCAAAACGGAAAUACUCCAACUUACAGCGGACGAAUUGAACUAUUCGCUUUGUUUAUUUGUGAAAGAAGUGAGGAAACCUAAUGGACAGGAGUACGCCCCGGACACAAUAUAUUACUUGUGCCUCGGUAUUCAACAAUACCUUUUCGAAAACGGAAGGAUAGACAACAUCUUCUGCGAUCCGUACUACGAGAAGUUCACCGAUUGCUUGGACGAAGUGGCGAAGAAAUUUUCAGUUUUAUACAACGAUUCUCACUACAUCGUGACCAGGGUGGAAGAAGAGCAUUUGUGGGAGAGUAAACAGCUCGGCGCCCAUUCGCCGCACGUGUUGCUCAGCACUUUGAUGUUCUUCAAUACGAAACAUUUCAACUUGACAAGCGUCGACGAGCACAUGCAGUUAUCAUUUUCGCACAUCAUGAAACAUUGGAAAAGAAAUCCGAAUCAACCGGGAGCGUCCAAAGUGCCCGGAUCGCGUAACGUUUUACUUCGAUUUUAUCCCCCCCAAUCGGCAACUCAAAAUAAUCAACGUAAAAAGAAGGUCUACGAGCAGCAGGAAAACGAAGAGAACCCGCUUAGGUGUCCCGUUAAGUUGUACGAAUUUUACCUUUCCAAAUGUCCUGAAAGUGUAAAAACAAGGAAUGACGUGUUUUACUUGCAACCCGAACGAUCUUGCGUCCCAGACAGCCCCGUAUGGUAUUCGACCAUGCCAUUGGCUAAAGAAGCGUUAGAAAAAAUGCUUCACCGGGUCAAGAUGGUCAAAGAAAUCAACGUGGCUCUACUUACUAGUUAAAAAUGAAUUUCUCGUGGUCUUUUUUUUAUUAUGGUUUCAUAAGUGAUUACACACCCAUUUUGUAUAAAUGUACUAAAAUAGUGGAUAGCUGUUUUAAGCGAAUUAUCAAAUUUUUAAUUGGUAUUGUACGAAUAGAGUAACAAUUAUUAUUAUGGGAUAUCGAUUAAAUGUAUUAGAAUAU